CGUUGGCUGCGUGCGUUCCGGCGGACCGGGAACGGGCUAUUGUUGUCAUCUCUGCGAUUUCGGUGACAGCUCCGCUGAGUCUCUACAUUUCACGAGCGACAAAAUAAUGCCAAAAGGAAGUCUUUGUUUUGCAACUGCACGGAUAGCGCAGAGAGAUAUCCAAAAUAAAAGAUAUUGACAUGAAGAAAGAUAUCGCAACGCUGAUAGCGGAGGAACGAGCAGACAUCAUCUUGAAGUAUGACAAGGGCAGGCAGGAGGGAGGAGAGAGGGACCAGUGGGAAGAUGCAGACUACAGUCUCUACAGAGUCACAGACCGCUUCGGCUUCCUGCAUGAGGAGGAGCUGCAGAACACUACUGCCCUCCAGGAGAAGAGGAAGCAGCAGGAGGUGGACAGGGUGGACAAAUGGCUGAAGAUGAUGAAGAAAUGGGAUAAAUAUAGAAACAGUGACAGAAUGAGGAAGAGAGUGUACAAGGGCCUACCCCUGCAGGUGAGAGGGCAGGUCUGGGCUCUGCUGCUGGACCUGGACAAGAUGAAGACUGAACACCAGGGGAAGUAUGAGAAAAUGAAAGAGCAAGCCAGAAUAUCUUCUUCUGAAAUAAAACAGAUUGAUCUGGACAUCAACAGAACGUUCAGGAACCAUAUCAUGUUCAUGGAUCGAUUUGGAGUCAAGCAGCAGUCCCUGUUCCAGGUCCUGUCUGCCUACUCUGUCUACAACACGGAAGUGAGCUACUGUCAGGGCAUGAGUCAGGUGGCUGCUCUGCUGCUCAUGUUCCUGAACGAGGAGGAUGCCUUCUGGGCCCUGGCGCAGCUGCUGACCAAUCACAAGCACGCCAUGCACGGGUUUUUUGUCCCUGGCUUUCCUAAGCUGCUGAGGUUCCAGGCGCAUCACGACCAAAUCAUCUCCAAGCUGCUUCCCAAGCUGAAGAAACAUCUGGACAAGGAGCAGAUGUUUACAGGCAUCUACAGCACUAAGUGGUUCCUGCAGUGUUUUAUUGACAGGACCCCCUUCACCCUGACCCUGCGGCUGUGGGAUGUGUUCAUCCUGGAGGGAGAGCACGUCCUGACUGCUAUGGCCAUCACCCUGCUGAGGGUGCACCACAAGCAUCUACAGGCCAUGUGUCUGGAGGAUCUGAGGGAGUUCCUGCAGGAGACCAUUGGCCGCUCUCUCCUCCACAGCGAUGACAUCAUCAUCCAGCAGCUGCAGGCCUCCAUGACGGAGCUACGCAGGAGGAAGCUGACCCCGCCCCCAGCCAAACCGGAGGAGUUUCCUCAGAGGCCUCUGGGUGUGGAGGUCCCAGGGCCCAGCCCAGCCUGGCCCCCCAGAGGAGCCCCCUCCCCAGGGACAGACCAGCCCAGAGCUGGCCUGAGGCUCCACCUCUCCAGCUACCUUCCAGACCGCAUCUCCCCCGACCACAGCCCCCAGGAGGACAGGAAGGAGGCUCUGGGGGACGACGACCCCCCGCCCUCCCCAGACCCCGUUCUUGUCCACUGCCAGGGCCCCCUCAGCCCGGACGGGCCACUGCAUGCUGGGCCUCCCCCAUACCAGCCACCAGGGGGCAGUGCUUCAGAGAGAGAGCUGCUGGUGUAUACACACACACCUCCACAGACACCGCCACACACCGCUCCCCACUCGCCCCAGGACUCAGUCUGCACCGUGGGCCCAGGCUCCACCCCCGGCCUCCAGGCUGACCUGGCCUGCCAGCCUGUCACUCGGUGA